GUUUUAAUCAGUGUGCCACGGUCACACCAAUCUUCACUGAAAACGCUACCCGGAAUUAACUCCUAUUAAAAAAAACAGGGUUUAUUAAUAAAAACAUAUUGGCUAGCACUUCUAAGAGUGUGCUGUCCCAUACAACUGAUAGUUAAGUGAAUCAGCAAUACAAAAAUGGCGCGUGCCCAAAGUCCCGCCGGCGAGGGUGAGAAGGAAAAGGACAACAAGGAGAAGGACACCAAAGAGAAGGACGGCAAGGCGGUGGCCAGCAGCUCCUCGCGCAGGGACCGCGAACGCAAGCGUCGCGGAUCGGCGUCCUCCAGCAGCGACUCCCGAAGCAGCUCAUCGGACAGCAGCUCUUCGCGCAGCAGCUCCGGCUCAGACUCGCGCUCCAGCUCGAGCAGCUCCAGUGACUCCUCGAGCUCCUCCUCGUCCUCGUCCAGCGACUCGGAUCGCAGCGAUAAGAACCGACGACGUGGCGGCGCAGCUGCCAUCAAGGACAAAGAAAAGGAGAAGCCAAGUGCACGAUCCCGUUCCCGUUCUCGCACCCGUUCGCCCAGGCGCGUCUCCAAAUCCCCCCGACCGGGCAGCAAGACGCGAAAGGAACCGGAGCGGGAUCGCGAGCGGCGCAGUCGUUCCCGUGACCGCGCCCGUCGAGCUGGAUCCACCGAUAGGCCCGCCCUCGAAAGCAAUAAUGUUAAGCGCGAGCGUUCCCGCUCGGCCAGUCGCUCACGAUCGCCACGUCGCCGUGGACGUGGCUCUGUGGAGAGGACGCCGCCACCGAAGCGAAGGGAGCGUUCCCGGUCGCGCACCCGCACCCGUUCGCCCACGCCUAAGCCGGUUCGCAUUCAUGUCGGCCGGCUCACCCGCAACGUCACCAAGGACCAUGUGUUCGAGAUAUUCAGCAGCUUUGGGGACGUGAAGAACGUUGAGUUCCCCGUAGAUCGUUAUCAUCCCAAUUUUGGACGCGGUGUGGCCUUUGUGGAGUACGCCACCGCCGAGGAUUGCGAGUCGGCCAUGAAGCACAUGGAUGGGGGGCAGAUCGACGGCCAGGAAAUCACUGUGUCGCCGGUGGUCAUACCCAAACAGCGGCCACCCAUGCGCCGUCCCUCACCUCCGAUGCGCCGUCCGCAAAACAACCGCUGGCGCUCCCCGCCCCCAUUCAAUCGGUUCAACAAUCGCGGAGGAGGAGGUGGUGGUGGCGGUGGUGGACGUCGUCAGUCGCCCAUGAGGAACCGGCGUUCGCCGCGUCGUCGCUCCCGCUCGCCCAUCCGCCGCCGACGUCGCAGCAACAGCAGCGACAGCUCCCGCUAGAGGACACCGCUCGUAUUCUAGUUUGUACAAUGGACACACUAUUCAAGCCGAUUGGUAAACAAAUUCACUUUUCUUUAUAUUAUAUUCCAAACAAUAAACGUGAGCAUGGGCCACACACAAAA